UCUUCCUUUUAAUUAGUUCUUUAAAUCAUGAGCCGAAAGGUUUGACAAAAGUGAAUCAGUUAACAUCAAAGAGAGCUUUAUCAUGGGCGACGAAGAGGACCAAAGACCGCAAUCACAACGAUCCUGUGGUAAACUCAUUCUUCGUCUUCUUUUCUCACAUGUUGGUUUGUUUCUGCUGGUUUGCCUCUAUGCUGGAUUUGGUGCUUGGCUUUUUUCUACACUGGAAUUCGAAUACGAAAACUACCUUCGCAAGGAGAGAUAUAUUCGAUCUGUCGAUGUCAACGAUUCCAUUGCUUACCUAAGUGCCUUAUUCUACUAUUUGAAGGACAAAGUUUCGCAAGAAGAAUGGGACGCCCGUGUUUACCAGGAGCUCAGAGAUCUGGACCGAUUCAUUGUUGGAGCGGUUAAAAACUUUUCGUAUGAUAGUACCAUGGAUAUGGAUAAAUGGGACAGAGAGUGGUCUUUUGGGAAUGGGCUUCUGUAUUCUGUCACGAUACUUACCACAAUAGGUUAUGGUCACGUAACUCCCAAGACACAAAUUGGCAAAGUUGUGACAAUUUUAUAUUCCCUCAUUGGUAUCCCUCUCACUCUCAUUUUCUUGGCAAACAUUGGCGAUCUUAUGGCAUCUUUCUUUCGAUACGCGUACAGUCGUCUUUGCUGCCGUUGGUGCAGAGGCACACGAAGACGUUGUGAAUAUCCCCCUGAGGCUGUUGCUCAAAUGGGCGGCAGGUUGCCUCCAUUGUCAUCAGACGUGGUUGGGGAAGAAGCCUACAUGCCUACAUCACAGAUACAGAUACCGAUUCUUCUGAAUUUGAUGUUCAUCUCACUUUUCAUUCUCCUCGGUUCAGUGAUGUUCGCCUUUCUCGAAGAGUGGGAUAUGCUCAGUUCUGGCUAUUUCACCUUCAUCACCCUCACAACCAUAGGAUUCGGAGACUACUUUCCGGGUAAAGCCUUCCAUGGAUAUAAAGGAAGCAUCACUAAAACCUUGACAUUGAUGGGAACAUGUUUUUACAUGAUGCUUGGAAUGGCACUUGUCAGUAUGUGCAUUAACCUGAUGCAAGAACAACUCACUGCCAAAGUGAAGUGGGUGGCCAACGAGAUAGGCCUGAUCAAACAACCCGACAUCCCAGAUACCGAUGAAGCCAAGCCCCUGACCACAAUCAGUGCGACAGACGCGACAUCGAGGUCAAAUCUUUUAGAAUGAAAUGCAUGAAUUGUGUUUUCUUCAAACCAUCUAUCAGAAAAUGCUUUUAUACUCAGAAAAAGGCGGCUGAGAACUAAUGCAUUAUGGGACAUUAGACGAAUCAAUUUUGAUACUGUCCAUCUCAGUAUCCUGAGACGACAACUUUUCAACGAUUCUAUCUCACUAAGGGGUGAGACGUGGAAGGAUGAGCAGAUUUCCGGAAUUCUUUAUCAUUCUUUGACUUUGAUUUCAGCUCUAUUAGCUACUUUUUCUUUCAAUUUCUUUUUCACGUGUAUGUGAGUAUCGUAUAUUAUUUUAAUUCAGUUCACGAGUUUACUUUAUUGUUAAAUGUAAGCAUUUCCUCCUUUCAUCUUUCUUCUCACUCCUAUUUUGACGAAUUAAACUCAUCAUUAACGUAUACGCAAAAGCGCUGAAGGUUUUAGAAUCCGUUGUCAAACAAUAAGGAGAUUCCAUCAUAGUCAUAUUUAUUAUAACCAUGCUAUUUCUCUUCGACUUACCCUCGCAACAAAUGUACUCGUCUGUGUGAAUUCGAAGGUAGCCGCUUUCUUCCGAGAGCCAGGAAAUAAUAUAGAAUCUGUUAUGAAAUUUCAUAAAACGAAUAUGGAAGUUAUAAGUACAUUCUAUUUCUAACAUGCAAUGAUUUAAUUAAAGUUAUUGCCAACUUCCAGCUUACUAUCAGCAGGUCCUGUAACAAAUUCGCCUUCUUAUUAGUCACCGAUUUAAAAAUAAGAACUAACUCGUAAAAUUGAAAUGAUUGGCAUAAAAUAAUAUAUUAAAUACCACAUUGUAUUAUCCGAGAUUAAUGCAAUUAAAAAACCAUGAUGUUGAUACGAAAUUUUUAUGAGCUCCCUGCGAUCAAAAUCUUGGAUUUUGAUUGAUUAAGGCUGCAUUUGGCUACUAGUCAUUUUAGGUUGCUACAUUAUUGGUAGUAUAUAGUAAUAAAUGGUUCUGCGCUUCCUAGGAACCAGUGCUAAAGCAAAAAAUCUGCCUCCAAUAUUUGGCUAUUACGUUUAGCUACUGUUCAUAAUACGUUGUUACAUUAUCGCCCAUAUUUGGCGGCAACAGAUAAGAUUUUAGCUUUGCGAUCGUUCGUUCCAUGCUUGUUUGAAACGGUGCUAAUAUGCCAAUAUUUGGUUGUAUUCGUAUUACUACACUACAUUAUCGCCAGUAUUUGCUGAUGAUAUCUUAGAUUGGAGAUUGAGUGCUUCUGUAGGGGAAAAGUUUGAGGUUGACUUUUUUUUUUUUUUUGCCGAUGAGAUGAAAAACAAACCCUGAAAACUGGAAUGCAAAGCAACAGCAGUUUAUAAUGCAAGCGAACCUUUUUGUCACCAAAUGCCAAUAAAGUUAAUUCAUGUGUGUUAUAGCUACAUGAUAAAUAUAAUUUUGCAUGUUAUCUAACAAUGUCAUAAAAUAGAAAUGAAUGACAUAAAGGUAUAUGUUAAAUUUCACAUUAUAUUAUUAUCUGAAAUUUAAUAUAUGCUUUUCUUAUU